AUGGAGGGUUCGGCGACAGGGGGAAAUCACGGAGGCGAUCCUCGCGCCGAGCAUGCCGCAACCAAGGAGUCCGAGGAGGCGGCAACGCAACACCAUCUGACGCUGCUCCAGCCGAGCGUGGUCGAAGUUUCUGCAGCCGUGCUGGAUAAGGACAAGGUGGCACAGCACGAGUCGGUGGGGCUGGUCGGUGGCUCUCCUCCUUCUGGUGGACGGGGAAGGCGUAGGCAAAGGAAGAGCGAUGGGGAGGAGGAUGAUGACACCGCCGUGCCCGGGGACCUCACCACGCGGGCGAAGAGGCGCCAGACGACAGGUAGUGCUGACAACGCCGGAGGCGCGGAAGUUGACACACCGCGAGGCGCCAAGGAAGCUAGUGGCAAGGCGGGCGGUCAAGCAUUGCGCCAGAAGGGCCGCCCCGCAGCAAGAAAAGCAUCUGGCGGAAGGAGAGGCAAGAAAGCAGCGACAGGAACGAGGCCGAAACGGGGCGAUGAAGACCCCGGUGAUACGGAGGAGGAGGAGGAUGAGGAGGAGGAUGCGGAGGGAGAGGAGGAUGAAGAGGAAGCGGAGGAGCAAGACGCGGAUGUUGGGGAGGAUGCUAAAGAUGAGAAUGAUGGCGGGGAGGACGAGGAGGAGGAGGAGGAGGAGGAGGAGGAGGAGGAGGAGGAGGAGGAGGAGGAGGAGGAGGAGGAGGAGGAGGAGGAGGAGGAGGAGGAGGGGGAUGAGGAGGAGGAGCAGGGUGACGAGGAGGAGGAGGAGGAGGAGGAGGAGGAGGAGGAGGAGGAGGAGGAGGAGGAGGAGGAGGAGGAGGAGGAGGCAUCAGAGAAGGAGGAGGAGGAGGAGGAGGAGGAGGAGGAGGAGGAGGAGGAGGAGGAGGAGGAGGAGGAGGAGGAGGAGGAGGAGGAGGAUGUGGCGCCAGGGAAGAGACGGGGCGGGCGUGGCGGUCGGGUGAGUGGGACAGGGAAGGAGGGGGGCCGGACUCGCCCUUCCCGAAAACGCGGGGCAGGUGACGCUGCGCGCGGCGAAGCAGCGGGCAAACCGAAGGCGCGUAAGGUGAAGGUCGAAAGUGAAGGGGUUGGUAAAAAGCAAGGGAGCCAGGGUGCAAAAGGGGAUGGAGGAGGAAAGGGUGGCCGCGCCAAAGGGGUUCGAGUGGGUACCGGCAAGAAGGAACCUGCCGGUGAAAGUGAGGAGCACGAGCAGUUUGUUACACGGGAGGAGUUCCAGGCGCUGCGGUCUGAGAUGUACGCCAUGUUUGCACAGCUCGGCCUGCGUCGUGGAGUACCUGCCAGCUAUGCCGGCGGGUCGGCAGCCCUGCCUAUGGCUGGUACCCCGCCGCUGAUGAGCGCCGUGGACAAGGCACGAGUGCUAGUGUUGCAGGAGACAAACCCAUUCCCGGUAUGUGGCGGGCCAAAUGGGGCGGGUUGGGGUUGA